AUGCAGGCGCCCCUCCUGCGCGCCCUGGUCCUCCUGGGCCUGGCCGCCGCGGCGUCGGCCUUCCACGUGACCGAGAACUUCCAGAUCUACGCUGCGAACGCCACGGGACUGAAUGAGGCCGGAUUCCAGGGCAAGGGCAUCCAGCAGGAGUUCGGCAAGUACGUCUGGACGUCCUGGGACGGGAACUGGCUCGUCGUCGCCUCGGGCGUCACCACGCUGUACCCCGACGACGAAGUCACCACCACCGUCGAGUCCGGCGGCCUGACCUACUUCAAGUGGGACAACGAACGCGCCAACCGACGGGAGAACCCAUGGGUGUACAAGGGGCACAUCACGCCGCGCCUCGCGCGCGAGGAGGCCGCGACGAUCGGGAGCGCCGCGGACACGACGACCGGCGGCGGCACCACGAACGUGGUGCACGUGCCGACCGUGCGCACGAAGUUCGAGUGGGAGCGCUUGGGCACGUGCGCGCGGCUGGCCAACCGCAACGAGGCCGACACCUCCGCGCCGUUCUACCUGGCCGCGAACGCCGCGAGCGGGACGGGCACCACCACGCCCGGCACGCGCCCCGUCGCGCCGAACGAGCAGUCGAACUUCAACUACGUGCAGAACUUUGGGUGCUUCGACUGGAUUGACAGCUUCGCCAUCAACGAGGACGGCUCGACGCUCGCGUACGGGUACCGCGGCGCCGCCGUGCGCGCCACGCGGUUCCAGCCGUACCGCGCGAACUCGGCCGACCUCCUGGGCGAGGUGGUGUACCAGAACGCGGGCGUCGUGUUCGUGUACGACCGCAACCCGACGAGCGACAUCUUCACGCACACGCGGACGAUCACGUCGAGCGUGCCGACGGGGCCGUACCAGCGGCUGACGGGCGCGCCGACGACGGCCACGCUGUCGCUGCUGAACGGCCCCGCGGGCGCGUGCGGCGCCACGGGGACGCUGGCGAUUUACGGCGCCACGCUCGUGAUGGGGUGCCCCGGCGACAACGCGCGGUUCCUGUACGACUUCGACACGCAGACGCCGCGCACGGGGCAGACGAACGCGGGCUCGACGUCGGCGGGCGGCGUGGACGGCGAGUCGCGCGAGGCGCUGACGGGCAACGCCAACGUCGGCGCCGUCGAGGUGUGGACGCGCUCGGGCGGGACGUUCGCGGCGAACGGCGCGUUCAUCAACCCGUCGUGGGCCCUGUCGCAGCGCGUCCUCGAGGACGACGCGCUGCGCACCACGGGGCGCAACUUCGGCAAGAUGGUGAUGCUGUGGAAGGGGGUGCUCCUGGUGGCGUCGAACGACGCGGCGAACGCGGCGCUGCCGGACCGGCUCGUGGCGUACAUGCGCGACGCGGUGAACGGCCUGCCGGAGGACCCGGUGAACACGGCGGGCGCGUGGAUCCCGGUGCAGGAGUGGGUGCCGCGCACGACGGUCUUUGGGACGACGCAGGCGACGUCGCUGAUCAACACGUACAUCGCGAACAAGGCCGGGCUGGUCAACAAGAACAUCGAGUUCGCCGGGGACCAGUUCAUGAUCCGGAACGGCGCGACGAUGAUCAUCUACCGCCCCGUGAGCGGCGACCCGCAAAAGUGCGAGACGCCGACCGGGUACGCGAUCCCCGAGGGCGCGAACUGCGUGUCCGAGUACAACUGCGUCGAGACGACCACGCUCAUCGCGGGCGGCACCUCGUUCGCGUGGCGCGGGAACCUCGUGGCCAUUGGCAUCUCCACCAAGGACUACACGCACCGCGAGGUGGGGCUGAACUACCUGGCGGGCGUCGUGGGGCGCGUGCGCGCGGCGAACGACCUGCCGCUGGUGGCGCAGAUCCGCAACGCCGGCGAGACGCACUACUGGGAGCGCCGCGCCAGCAACUUUAGCGUCAACGGGCUCGACAUGAACUUCGUGCUCGGCACGGGGUACGCCGACGUGCCGUUCGUGCGCAACUCGCGCGUGCAGACGCAGGGCAUGUCGUACUUCGUGUACUCGGGCCGCAUCCAGCCGGCGUCGAUGGGCAUGGACGCCAACUGCGGCGCCGCCGUCGCCAUCGGCCGCACCACGGUCUUCACCGCGUGCCCCGUGCGGUUCAACGUCGCGCCGUACGCGGGCAACAGCGUGCUCAUCGAGCGCACGUCGACCACGAUCCCCACGCUGGCCAACCUCAACUACUACCGCAACGUCGACAGCGACGACUACGUCUUCCAGCCGUCGCUGUACGAGGGGCCCUCGGUCGACCCCGACGGCCAGGUGCUCGCGAUGGACACGGAGCUGCGCACCGAGCGCGUCCGCCGGUGGCAGUCGCAGCUCGUCGACGCCGCGGACCUCCUCUUUGGCGACCACACCAACUCGGGCUUUGGCCAGGGCUGCCUGGCGAACGACGGCGACAUGCUGCUCGUCGGCGCGCCGCUGCUGUCGUCCGGGGGCCUCCCGGGCGUCGGGCAGGGCGUGCUCAUGAACGGCGCCACCGGCGCCAUCAUGGGCCACCUGUGCAGCAAGCUGCCCGUGGCCACCAUGGCCAUGGGCAGCCUGCAGUGCGCGCUCAAGGGCACGUACGCCGCGCUGUCGGUCGAGGUCGGCCAGGUCCCGCGCAAGAACGCGUUCGGCGAGGAGGCCCUGAACACGCAGGCCGUGGGCGGCGCCGUCGACGUCUUCGAGGGCACCACGCACGUGGCGCGCAUCUUCCCGGACAAGCCCAACGCGAACAUGCGGUUCGGCGCGGACGGGAUCGCGAUCACGGAGGUGGACGGCGACGUCCUGGUGUUCGUGUCGGCGUCCCAGGACGACCUCGCCGAGGACCAGAACGGAAACGCGCAGCAGCUGACGACGGCCUACAAGCAGGACGCCGGGUCCGUCCAGGUGUUCAAGCGCCACACGUCGACGACGGGCGAGGCCGAGUACCUCCACCUGACCACGAUCACCGCGCCGGACACCUACGGCGUGGCCACGGGCGUCAACCCCGCGCAGGGGUUGGGCCUGACGGCGCUGCAGCGCGCCACCUUCGCCCGCGGCCAGCGCUUCUCGCAGCAGGGCUUCGCCGUGCGCGGGGACCUCGUCGCCGUGCCGGACCACAGCGCCGCGCUGUCGAACAACGCCCUCUUCUACGACUACACCCGCGGGCCCCAGUGCCGCUUUGGCGCGGCCAACGGGAACUCGGCCGCCGGCGUCGACAACGGCGCCGCGUCGCAGCUGUGCGGCGAGCCGAAGCCCGGCGUGGUGUACCUGUACCAGUGCUCGGCGACGUCGUGCAGCCUCGCGCAGCGCAUCAUCCCGCCGGAGUUUUACCGCCCCUUCCUCCAGGCGGGCGGCAACGCGGCGACGAACUACCUGCUGAACCAGAAUGUGGGCGCGCAGAACCCGUACGGCGACCUGGACAACCCGUACCAGCUCGCGGCGGGCAACGGCGACCUCGCGAACCGCAGGUUCGGCCUCAACACGGCGAUCUGCCCCAACGGCGACAUCGUGGUGGCCGGCAAGUACCCCACGGCGCUCAACGAGGACGCCGGGAUGCUGUUCUACUACCGCCGGCACACGGGGCAGGUGACCGACGGCCCGACGUCGGGCCUGCGCCCCGGCACGACGCUGACGAACUUCUGGUCGACGACGACCAACAUCACCGCGUACGACUCGUGGGGCGACAACCGCCUGGGCGUGGACUUCCUCGCGUGCGAGGACGGCAUCAUCCACGCGUCGGGCAUCGACGCGCGCACCGGCGCGAUGCGCCAGUGGAUGUUUACGUACAACGCGGGGUCGCGCACCUGGGCCCAGGUCGGCCGCUACACGCCCUUCGUCGACCCCAGCGCCCGCGCCGCGACGAACUCGCGCCAGACGGUCGCGUCGUCCUCGACGGUCUUCACCGCGGACUCGUCGCUCCUGGAGCAGCUGACGCGCCACGACGAGCCCGGGCGCGCGACGGACUUCAGCAACUACCUGCGCACGGACGGGUCGCGCCCGACGUACGAGCGCGACUACACGGGCACGGAGGACCCCUACGUGUGCAACAUGUGCGUCGACGGCGAGACGGCGGCGUUCGGCGCCGUCGCGCGCAUCGACCUCUCCUACGACGGCAUCGUGUGGAAGGGCGGCGACGAGGCGUCGAACUGGCCGCAGGGCCGCUCCGCGGGCGUCGCCGGCAUCGUCAUCGGCGCCAUCGUCGGGGCGUUCAUCUUCUUCGCGGUGAUCUACCUCUUGAUCAAGGUGUCGAAUAUCAAAGCCAAGGGCACCGCGGCGUCCAACCGGGCGUGA